UCACAUCUCUGAUAAAUUUCCUUCUCCUCUCAUGUGUCAUUUCCUUCUGCUCUUUCAGCAGAGUCCAUAAAAGCUAAUGUCGCCGCCAUUAUCAAAAGCUGUACACUUUUUUGGCCUUUCCUAAAGUUCAGAUUUUUAUUUUUAAUUUUGUCUGUGACACGACACAACUUGUUAAACAAAGAUAUUAUACGCUGAAAAAAGAAUUCGAUUAAUCACACUGCACUAAUGCUGCCCUGCUUAUUAAUAUCCAUGUUGUACGUAAUAUGCAAUCUUGUGACAUAAUUGUGCUCUCGAGUUGCUACAAUUUCAUCAUCAAAAAUUCAAGAAUCUCAAACUCUCACAACAAGAAUUUCCAGGUGGGCUUCUUAAAAAUUAAAUCUUGCUCCAUCCCUUUCCUUUUUUUCUUGUGAUGCUAUGCAAAAUAAUGAUAUUUUAGUGUUUCCCUCUGUUCAUCAAAUAUAGAAAUGGCAGAAAAAAUGCGGGAUUUCUACUCUCACAAACAUCCUUCGUCAUCCCAGGUGGUGGAGGAAAUCAAAGAGCUAUGGAAAAUGGUGCUUCCCAUAACUGCAAUGAACUUCCUCGUCUACGUGAGAGCCGUCGUCUCCGUCCUUUUCCUGGGGCGGCUCGGUAGCUUGGAGCUCGCCGGCGGCGCGCUGUCAAUCGGCUUCACCAACAUCACCGGCUACUCUGUUUUAGUCGGCUUAGCUUCGGGGCUGGAGCCGGUCUGCAGCCAAGCAUACGGCUCCAAGAAUUGGGACCUUCUCUUUCUCUCUCUACACCGCAUGAUCUUCAUCCUCCUCCUCGCGAUCAUCCCCAUUGGCUUGCUAUGGAUCAAUCUUGAGCCAAUCAUGCUUUUCAUGGGCCAAGACGGCGAGAUCACAUCGACGGCUGCGAUUUAUUGCAUCUACUCUCUCCCAGACCUUUUAACAAACACCUUGAUGCAGCCUUUGCGCGUUUAUUUGAGGUCGCAGGGGGUGACGAAGCCUCAAAUGUGGUGCACUUUGAUGGCGGUGGUGUUUCACGUGCCCUUGAAUUAUGUGUUGGUGGUGGCGGCGGGGCUGGGGGUGCGUGGGGUGGCGAUCGCCUCUGUUUUGACCAAUUUGCAUAUGAUGGUGCUGAUGAUGGGAUAUGUCUGUGUUUAUGGAAGGUGGGAGUGGAAAUGGGGCGGCGGCGGCGGCGAUGGUGGUGGAAUUGGGGCUUUGCUGAAGCUCGCCGUGCCGAGCUGUCUGGGGAUUUGCUUGGAGUGGUGGUGGUACGAGAUCAUAACGGUGCUCGCCGGAUACUUGCCUAAUCCGAAGCUCGUGGUGGCCGCCACCGGCGUGAUGAUUCAGACCACUAGCCUUAUGUACACGGUUCCGAUGGCGCUGGCGGGCUGCGUCUCCGCCAGGGUAGGCAAUGAGUUGGGAGGUGGAAGACCGUACAAGGCCAAGCUGGCGGCAAUGGUGGCGCUGAUGUGUGCGUUCGUUGUAGGGAUUAUCAACGUGGUUUGGACGGUGGUAUUUAGAGAGAGAUGGGGCGCUCUCUUUACAGAGGAUGAUAUGUUGAUUGCUCUUGUUGCAUCGGUCCUACCUAUUACCGGUGUAUGUGAGCUAGGGAACUGCCCACAGACGACCGGUUGUGGCAUCCUAAGAGGCACGGCCAGGCCGGUCGUGGCUGCUAGGAUCAAUCUCGCCUCGUUUUACUUUGUGGGGACGCCUGUGGCCGCUGGGCUAGCCUUCUGGCUAUGCAUCGGGUUCCCUGGCUUGUGGCUAGGGUUGUUGUCGGCUCAAGUCACAUGCGCCAUCUUGAUACUCUAUGUUGUGUUGCAUUGCACGGAUUGGGAAGAUGAGGCUGUGAAAGCUUGCAAACUUGCUUGCCUAGAAAUGAGAAGUAAGUGUAACCCUAAUGAUGAGAUCACAAGAGUAUUAGUUUUGGAGGAUUCAAAGAUGGAUGAUGUGUAGUUUCUUUUCUUCUUUAGUGUUCUAAGUUGGUAAAGGUGCAAGAAUUAGUUGGAAAGUGGGGUGUUUUGCUACACAUUACAACUAGAAUUGUGUUUGUACUAUCUCUUGUUUUCAUAAUGUAAAUGUCAUGUUUGUGUAAA